AUGUCUAACCAAGAAGAUCAACCGGACCCAACGGGUAACAACGACCACCUGAUCAAAUCCGCCGACAGCCAACACCCCGCAAACCUCAUCCCCGAGCUAUGUCGCAAAUUUUGGACAUUAGGAUGGGUUACCGGUACUGGAGGAGGCGCAAGCAUUCGUAACGAUGAUCUUGUAUAUCUCGCGCCAUCUGGCGUUCAGAAAGAACUGAUGAAGCCUGAAGAUAUAUACGUCCUCGCUCUUUCUCAACAAGUCGACCCCAAGCAACGAAUAUAUCUGCGCUCUCCGCCGGCCUUCAAACCUUCCCAAUGCACGCCGCUCUUCAUCGCAGCCUUCACAAAGAGAAACGCGGGAUGCUGUAUUCAUACACAUUCGCAAUGGGCGGUCCUCGUUACUCUCUUGCUUGAGACUGUGCAAUCGGAUUUAUUUGAGAUCAACAAUAUCGAGCAGAUCAAGGGGUUUGGAAAGGGCUUUCAGAAGCAAGGGAAUCUGGGAUAUCAUGAUACAUUGAAGAUACCAGUUAUUGAGAAUACACCACAUGAAGAAGACUUGACGGAGAGCUUGGAGGAGGCGAUGAACAAAUAUCCGGAUACGUAUGCGGUUCUGGUUAGGCGGCAUGGGAUUUAUGUAUGGGGAGAGACGGUGCAUAAGGCGAAGACGCAGGCUGAGAGGUUUGAUCGACCUCUUUUCAUGGAGGGAAACUCUGCUGACGUAUUCUAG